UCCGCCUGCUGCAGGGUGCCGGAGCGCAGAAUUUAAAAAAAAAAAAAAAAAAAAAAAAAAACGGGCCACGAGAAGAAGAAGAAGAAGAAGAAGUGAACAUCUGCUGAUCUGUGGCGACAUUCAACUUCUCAAACAAUGGAUGACCAAUAAGACUUCAUUUUUUCCUCAGGAGCAAAGCGUCACGUCACUUUUUCUGACAGAUUUCACAGCAAAGAUUUUCUUUUUCGACGCAAAGGAGACACUUUUGUUCUCUUGGAUUUUCUUUACCUGACAACUUCAAACUUUGCCAAGGAUUUCAUAUUUAUUUUUACACAUAAACAAACCAAAAGCUCGUUGAUAGAUCAGAGUUUCUCCUUCAAAGACUUGUGUUGGGGAUGUUGAACUCUGUGAAAAUGGAAGCCCACGAUCUACCAGAGUGGAAUACUUUCUACAGCGAGGCCAGCGAGAUGUAUUCUUCUCCCAGCACCAUGAACUCUGCUCUGGGUUCGAUGGGCUCCAUGGGAACCAUCAACAGCUACAUCAACCUGAACCCGGCCACCGCCAACCCCGCCGCCAUGAACAUGGCCUACCCGAGCUCCACCCUCAGCAGCUCCCCGCUUGCUUCCAUGGGUUCAGGGGCCACUCACAUGUCCCUCUCCCCGGUGGCUUCAUCCCUCAGCUCCAGCUCUCUGACACAGCUGGGCCCUGCGGCCCCAGGCUCCCUGAGCUCCCUGUCCCACUACCAGAACAUGGGCCAGUCCAUGAGCCAGCUGGGGUACCCGUCCACCCCCACCCUGAGCCGGGCUGGGCCUAAGGAGAUCCCACCAAAGCCGUACCGGCGCUCCCUGACCCACGCCAAGCCACCUUACUCCUACAUCUCCCUCAUCACCAUGGCGAUCCAGCAGAGCGGCAGCAAGAUGCUGACCCUCAACGAGAUCUACCAGUGGAUCAUGGACCUGUUCCCCUACUAUCGCGAGAACCAGCAGCGCUGGCAGAACUCCAUCCGCCACUCACUCUCCUUCAACGACUGCUUCGUGAAGGUAGCUCGCUCGCCAGACAAGCCGGGCAAAGGUUCGUACUGGACUCUGCACCCACAGUCAGGGAACAUGUUCGAGAACGGCUGCUACCUGCGGCGCCAGAAACGCUUCAAGAUCGAGGACAAGAUGGCUAAGAAGGCCGCCAAGAACCAGGAGGGAGGGUCAGGGAAAGGAGGUCACAGCGGAGACCACCUGGUGGAGGACCACAGCCCCACAGGAGGAUCCGAAGGAGCUGACUCUGCCCACUCAGACAGCUCCCACCCGGGCUCCUCAGACGACCAGCCGCACCAACGAAACUCCCUGGUUCCUCUGGACUGCCCCCCGCUGUCCUCCUCGCACCUCCACAGCCCGCCCAUCUCCCUGCCAACCUCCUCCUCCUCCUCUUCCUCCAUCCCUCCAUCCUCCCUGUCCCUGUCAGCCUCCUCUUCCUCCAACCCGCUCCUUCACCCUCAGUCUUUAGUGGGGGGCACCCACCUCCUGCCCAACGCCAUGCAGCAGCACAUGGACCUACAGAGCGACGCCCUCAAGUCCUUAGACCCCCACUACAACUUCAACCACCCGUUCUCCAUCACCAACCUCAUGUCCAACGAGCAGAAGAUGGACCUCAAGUCCUACCAGGACCAGGUCAUGGCCUACAACAGCUAUGCUGGAGGCUCUCCUGUAGGAGCCAAGCAGAUCUACGACAGCCCGGGGCCCGCCUCCAUGGACUCAGGUGCUUACUACCAAACUCUGUACAGCCGCUCAGUCCUCAACGCCUCCUAAUGUGGACAAACACUGUCAGUGGAGCCAAGAUGGAGGCUUCUCUUUCUGUCUAAAAUGGACACCAGAGCUCUCUCUCUCUCUCUCUCUCUCUCUCUCUCUCUCUCUCUCUCUCUCUCUCUCUCUUUCUCUCUUUGGCUCUCAUCCAACAGCCUCUGAAGGGACUCACAUCUAAAAUGGCUGCCGUGUUUGAGGCAAAAGGACAGUUUGAUUUCCCUUGAGCGUCUCUGACAAACGUGGAGGCUGCUUGGUUACAGAAAAGUGAAGCUGGAUGACGAUGGUGACAGGAGCUCUGCUGCUGAAAUCAGCUCUGUACAAAUGUAAAUAGAGGUAAUGUGGGGGUAAAAGGAUAUUUGCAUUUAUUUAUGAAGGGAAUAAAUUUUAAUAUAUCUUGUAUAGCUUUGUGGAUGAGUUACAACCCCAAUGUGAGUUUAUUUUUUAGAUUGAGUUUCAGGUUACUGCUGCAGGCAGGUGUUACUGUUCGUGUUACAGUCAUUUCACAGUCAGAGUCCGUCAGUGUAAAUACAGCUCAUGGAGUCCGUACUUUCAAAAUAAAAUGUUUGUUAUUUUGGUUGAUAUGAAGAAACAGAUGCUUUUAUUUCAUUCUGGAGCUCAGAGAAGUUUAGAAAAUGUUUUGCAGCCAGAAGGAAAGAGGUGAAGAAACUGUGGUAAAACCUAAAAAAAAAAACAUGUUGUGUUUCUGUAUUUUAUUCCUACAAACAUUUCCUGUUGUUACCUUUAAUACGAGGGCAUGAGGCGCUCCUGACUCUGCCACAUGUGGAAAAGCAGAGCGGGUGAGGAGCACGGGGGAGUUCAGUCAGUUACUAAAACAGUGGAGGGGAGGAGAGAUGCACUAUGGGAGAUUUACAUACAGUACUUUGCACUAUGGAGCUCCCAUUGGCCAGGUGGGCUGAUAGUGUGUGUUACAACAAUACUUAGGACCUUCCCCCUCCCGCUGUCAAUGCUUCAGCUCAAUGAGAUCAGUGGAACAAUGUCAGAGGGUUAAAUAACCCGCCGCUGUCCAAAACUAAAGUGCCUUUUCUUCAAAGACUGCUGAUCUGAUCAGAGAUCAAUGAAUCUAUUGAAGGAUUUUCUGUCACAGAGAGGACGCAGAAGUUUCAGGUCACAAGACGUCCUCUGUGGAGAAGAAAUGAGUUUUAUUUAAGCUUUUCAAACAUUCAAAGUGUGCUGAUAUAAUAUAUUGUUUUGUUGUUUUGUUGGUUUCAAUGUGAUUCAGAUGAUCCAUGUUUCAUUUUUCUUAUUAAAAAGGCAAAAAUGUGG